CGUGGUCUGAACGGGCAGGUGUCUCAGCAGGUAGCGACCAGGAAAGAGCAGCAAAGCUGUGUUUUUGGUUCAGUGACGGACUUUAACUCACUUUAAUGAGAGGACUCUACUCGUAUACUGGUUGAACUGGUCAGGGACUGGUCAGUGUGAGCUCCUUCAGCUUCAUGUAGUGUGUAGAACACAGACCAUGGUGUGUGCUGGACUCUACCGCUGUGCAGGUGUGUGAUUUGGAGGCUGAAGGAAGGUGUAGUUGUUGUAUUUAAGUAGUUGUAGUUUCGGUGGUGUAGUUUCUGCAGGAUGGGGACUGUGAGCGAGCGCAUCGUGAGCUGCUGUACCUCCACCUUCCCGUGUCUGCGGCAGAAACAGCCCGAGGAGCCGCCUGUGAAACAAACUCCUAAAAAAGAAGACAUUGUGGUCUUGCAGAACAAGCAUGCUUUCGAACAGAUGGUCUCAGAGCAGCCCCGGCCUGUGUCCCAGUCCAAACCUGUGCCCCAGUCCAAACCUGUGUCUCAGUCCAACCCUGUGUCUCAGUUCGUGGCUCUGUUUGAUUACUCGAAGCGCACAGCGGAGGACCUGAGCUUCCACACAGGAGAUAAACUCCAGCUGCUGCAGAAGUACGACACAGACUGGUGGUUCGUUAAAGCUCUGACCGGUGUCUCCGCCAACAAGGAGGGAUACGUUCCAGCCAACUACAUAGCCCCUGUGGAGAGUCUGGACGCAGAACCGUGGUACUUUGCUGAUACAAAGCGCUUGGAUGCGGAGAAGCUGCUGCAGGCAGAAGGAAAUAAACAUGGAGCGUUUCUCAUCAGACACUGUGAAAGUCAGGCUGGAGAACUGUCCCUGUCAGUGCUUGACGAUGGAAAGGUGAAACACUACAAGAUCAGGCGGGAGGAUAAUGGGCACUACUAUGUAUCAAGCAGCCGUAAUUUCCCCACACUGAAGGAGCUGGUGGAGCACUACAGCAAGCAGGAGGAUGGACUCUGCGUUCGGCUCAGACAGCCCUGCAAGAAGGCUGAAGCUCCACAGACACAUGGUCUGUCCUACAACACAGUGGACCAAUGGGAAAUCCCCCGCAGUUCCAUCCGGCUGUUGCGGAAACUCGGUGCUGGACAGUUUGGAGAGGUUUAUGAGGGUCUGUGGAAUAACACAACGUAUGUUGCUGUGAAAACUUUAAAACCAGACAAGAUGGACUCUGAGGACUUCCUGCGUGAAGCUCAGAUCAUGAAGAAGCUCCGACACCCCAAGCUGAUCCAACUGUAUGCAGUGUGUACUCUCGGAGAACCCAUCUACAUCAUCACUGAGUUAAUGAGCAAUGGCAGCCUACUGGAGUACUUACAAAAAGACAGAGGGGCUCGUUUGCGUGUUACUGAACAGAUAGAGAUGGCCGCCCAGGUGGCAGCAGGUAUGGCUUACCUGGAGCUGCAGAAUUACAUCCAUAGAGAUCUGGCAGCCCGGAAUGUUCUGGUUGGAGAGAACAACGUGUGCAAAGUGGCCGAUUUUGGUCUGGCCCGAGUGUUUAAUAAAGAGAAUAACGACGGUGAUAAUGUAGAUGAGGAAAACGUAUAUGAAGCAAGCGAAGGUACUAAGUUCCCGGUGAAGUGGACGGCUCCCGAGGCCAUUAGGGACAAUAAAUUCAACAUCAAAUCUGAUGUGUGGUCAUUCGGCAUCCUGCUGUACGAGAUCAUGACCUUCGGACAGAUGCCUUAUCCAACUCUCACUAAUGCUCAGGUUGUUGUGAAGCUGGGUACUGGCUAUCGGAUGUCGUGUCCACUACUGUGUCCAAAAAUGAUAUAUGAUAUAAUGGUUGAGUGCUGGAAGGAAACGCCCGCUGAGCGGCCCACCUUCGAAACUCUGCAGUGGAAACUAGAGGAAUACUUCGACCUGGAUGUUAGUUCAUAUGAUGACGCUAACCGAUAUUGAUCAAUGCAGCACAGCAACAGCACUCGCAGCAAAACCCCAAUACCAACAGCUUGCCCCAGGCAACGGCACCAAUGGCAACACUCCAUUGUCAUCAGCACCUAUGGCAACAGUGCCUGUGGCAACAGUUUUCCCAAGCAUCAGCACCUGUGGAGACAGCCGAUUGACUGAAACUCCAGUAACAGCAGUUCCAAGGAAAUAUCAAUUUGUGGCGAAUCCAAGGGGUCUUCAUAGAACUAUAUCAACUCAAGAAUCAAGUGAAUGCUUAAAUGACUCUUUAUAUCAGAAGAAUAUAUUUGUAAGAUGUUUUUUAUAAACCUGUUUUAAAGAAUUAUGGUUCCAUUAUUGCUACUGUUUUUCAGAGGUAUACACAACCCUUUUCGUUUAAAGUGUGCCAUGUUAAGUGACAUCAGAGAUUUUCAGGUGUCAGGAAACUCCAAGAUAUAAACAAAAUUAACUUUAUUGUAUUACUCUGAAGCCAAAGUGCCAUUACCACAGCAUUAUUACUCACAGAUACAAGAAAUCAUAAGGGAUGACUGCACACAUAUACGAGCAGUGAAACAGGUGAUCCACACAGAGAUUAUGAGCGGAAGUUAUAACAAGGGAGUGGUAAACUGCACUGAAGUGCAAAACUGAACUCUGAUCUCCAGCUCUUGUUUCACUGCUUCACAUUACUACAUUUCACAGAGCUGCUGUAGCCUUUAAAGUGACACUUCUGCCAAAUUUUUUCUCCACUCCGUUUUCUUCACCAACCCUAAAUCAGUUUGCCAACAUGUUUUGAAGUUUCUAUAGUAUUACAAUAGAACUACAAGGCUAAAGUAGCUAACUAGUAGUCAAAACCUAUACCCCACAAUAAGCAAUGGAGCUACCAGGCUUAUGUAGCUAACAUUGGUGGAUUAUAUCUUACCAAAUAGCCCUAUAACUACAAGGCUAAUGUAAUGCUCUGUUUCAGUCCAUGUUUAGUCAACAUCAACUUUACUGUUAGUCCUUCUCACCACAGGUGCUGAAUUUAACACUGAACACCUGCAAACAGACAUUAAAUACAACACAUACGUACAGGAAAUAAACUGAGCAAAAAACAUAACAUCUGUCAGCUAUACAAGGCUCUGUUAAACAGUCUGUACAACCAUUCAUCAGAGACGACACAGAGUACAGAGAAUGGGUUGUAGGGAAAUACUAUUAUACGCAUUUUAUAGAUAACAAUAAACCAUACUGUAAAGAGGUCUGUUAGAUUUAAAUGGGGGAUAUUUAGCUGUAUGUUCGUUUUACACAGAGGUAGGUUCAGAACAAGUAUCAUCCCUGUCGGGAAUUCUGGUGCCAUUCUUUACAUUUUUAUUCCUUGACUGUCAGAAUGGGUGACGCAUUGCUACUGACAUCAGCCAUCGGCAUGUCGUAUCCGUGUGUUUGUGCUGAGCCUGUUAAACAGGUUUUAAUGUAAGACGUGUCCCCAGACAGACACUGGAAUGUUCGCUCUCUUUAACUAAAGAUGUGAGACACGAAACGGAAACUGUGUGUGUGUGUGUGUGUGUGUGUGUGGUUCCUACAAAAUGUAUUUUUUUAAUUCUCACAUUUCUAAUUAGUGCUGUUUUAUUUUGCUGUUAAAUCUCAGCCUGUUGCUGGUUUGAGCGUACUACAGAAUAUCUGAUUGUCUGAAACCAAAGGUGAUGGUAGAGUGAGAUUGCUAAAUAUGCUUGUAUAUUGUAUUUAUAUCAAGUAGGACUAAUAAUAAAGCUAAAUAGAGUUAAUAAAUAAAUACCACACACAAUCCAGAUUAUAAAGUGCUGCAGGAGAAUUUAAUAGAGCAGAAAGAAUAAAUGUAGAGAUGUCUGUAGAAGGAAGUAUUUUUAUAAGCUCUGUGUGUGUGUGUGUGUGUGUGUGUGUGUGUGUGUGUGUGUGGAGCCAAGGUGGAAUUGAAAUGUACCCUAAUUGAUUUCAGUGAUAGAUGUCUUUUGUAAUUUAACUUUCAUUCUUGUGAAAAUAAACUGUUUUAAUAUCA